UUUCAAUGUCAUCCUCUCUUUGGUUUUUCUAUUUUGACUCGUUUUAAACGUGGACUGGUUGAAACGGCGAAGACGCAGACGGGCAAGUUGCCUACAAAGCAACGAGAUAACUCCACCUUGACAGAGAAUUUGCACCUCUCUCUCUCUCUCCCCCUCUCUUACUCUGUCCCGGUUUUUCGCUCAUCGUUCAGUUGGUCACUACCCAUUUGUGUGCUCUCACGCGGUAGGGGAGCGCGUUGCGCGGAAGGGGCAAUGGCUGCUUCUCCGUUCUCAGCAAAUUGCACCUUGCCCAAGUCGAUUGCUCAUUCCAAAUCCGUGCACAGCUCUAAAGGAUGUGACUUCGGAGCCCGAGUGACAAAGUUGUUCUUUUUGCAACACCCACGUUUGGUUUGUUCUCGAAGGAACUUCUAUGUCAGAAACGUGGCUAGUGACCAAAAGCAGGAGCUGAAGGAACCCCUCGCUGAUGAAGUUCCAGGCACACUGGAUACUUCUGUUCCAGAUUCAGCAUCCAUUGCCUCAAGCAUCAAGUACCAUGCGGAGUUCACCCCCUCUUUCUCUCCAGAGAAGUUUGAGUUGCCAAAGGCAUAUUUUGCCACUGCAAAAAGUGUUCGAGAUACCCUUAUAAUAAACUGGAAUGCUACUUAUGAUUAUUACGAAAAGCUGAAUGUAAAGCAGGCAUAUUAUCUGUCUAUGGAGUAUCUACAGGGCAGAGCACUGCUAAACGCAAUUGGUAACUUAGAGCUUUCCGGAGCUUAUGCAGAGGCUUUGAGAAAGUUGGGGCAUAAUUUAGAGGAUGUGGCUAGCCAGGAACGAGAUGCUGCACUUGGAAAUGGGGGACUAGGGAGGCUCGCUUCCUGCUUUCUUGACUCUCUAGCCACACUCAACUAUCCUGCAUGGGGAUAUGGGCUUAGAUACAAGUAUGGCUUGUUCAAGCAGAAUAUUACAAAAGAUGGCCAGGAGGAGGUUGCAGAAAAUUGGCUUGAGAUGGGAAAUCCUUGGGAAAUUGUGAGAAAUGAUGUUUCUUAUCCAGUGAAGUUCUAUGGUGAAGUCAUUUCUGGACCUGAUGGGAGCAAAGAAUGGGUUGGGGGAGAAAACAUAGUGGCUCUUGCCUAUGAUGUUCCCGUUCCGGGAUACAAAACUAAGACCACCAUCAAUCUUCGACUUUGGUCCACAAAGGUUGCUUCCGAAGAGUUUGACCUGUGUGCUUUUAAUGCUGGAGAUCAUGCCAAAGCAUAUGCGGCCCUCAAGAACGCUGAAAAGAUUUGCUACAUAUUGUACCCUGGGGAUGAGUCAAUUGAAGGAAAGACUCUUCGAUUGAAGCAACAGUACACCCUCUGCUCUGCUUCUCUUCAAGAUAUCAUCACUCGUUUUGAAAGAAGAUCAGGGGAUGUUGUGGAUUGGGGGAAGUUGCCUGAGAAGGUUGCUGUCCAGAUGAAUGACACUCAUCCUACGCUCUGCAUCCCUGAACUGAUAAGAAUAUUAAUGGAUGUGAAGAAGUUGAGCUGGGAAGAAGCUUGGAACAUCACUAAAAGGACUGUUGCCUAUACUAACCACACUGUUCUACCUGAGGCCCUAGAGAAAUGGAGCUUGGAGCUUAUGCAGGAUUUGCUUCCUCGACAUGUUGAGAUCAUCAAAAAGAUUGAUGAGGAGUUAGUUCAAACUAUAAUAGAUGAGUAUGGCAAGGAGGAUCUUGACCUGCUGCAGCAAAAGUUGAAAGAAAUGAGGAUAUUAGCUAAUGUCGAAUUGCCUGGUACAGUUCUAGAAUUACUAGUUAAACCAGAAGAAGAUCCUAUUGAGGAAGUUGAUACUGCCAUUGAAGAAAGUAAAGUAGUUGAUGAAGUAGACCAACCUGAGGAAGAGGAUGAUCCAGAGGAGAAGAAGGUGAUUCCUGAACCAGAUCCAGAAUUGCCAAAGAUGGUUAGGAUGGCCAAUCUCUGUGUUGCUGGUGGAUUUGCAGUAAAUGGUGUCGCUGAGAUCCAUAGUGAGAUCGUAAAGGAGGAAGUUUUUAAUGAUUUCUUCAAGUUAUGGCCAGAGAAGUUCCAGAAUAAGACGAAUGGCGUGACACCGAGAAGAUGGAUACGUUUUUGCAAUCCAAAUCUUAGUGAAAUCAUAACCAAGUGGACUGGAACUGAUGACUGGACUAUUAACACUGAGAAAUUAGCUAUCCUUAGAAAGUUUGCGGAUAAUGAAGAUCUCCAAUUGGAAUGGAGGGAAGCCAAAAGAAGAAACAAGAUAAAGGUCGCAGCAUUUCUCAAAGAAAAAACUGGAUAUGUAAUCAGUCCCGAUGCCAUGUUUGAUGUCCAGGUGAAGCGGAUACAUGAAUACAAGAGGCAAUUAUUGAACAUCCUGGGCAUCGUUUAUCGCUACAAGAAAAUGAAGGAAAUGACACCUGAAGAAAGAAAGACAAGGUUUGUUCCUCGGGUCUGCAUUUUUGGAGGUAAAGCAUUUGCUACAUAUGUCCAAGCUAAGAGAAUUGUGAAGUUCAUCACGGAUGUGGGGGCAACUGUUAACCAUGAUCCCGAAAUUGGCGAUCUCUUGAAGGUUGUCUUUGUCCCAGACUACAAUGUCAGUGUGGCGGAAGUGCUUAUUCCCGGAAGUGAGUUGUCACAACAUAUCAGUACUGCUGGAAUGGAGGCCAGUGGAACCAGCAACAUGAAGUUUGCAAUGAACGGGUGUGUCCUCAUCGGAACCUUGGAUGGGGCAAAUGUUGAAAUAAGAGAGGAGGUUGGAGAAGACAACUUCUUCCUCUUCGGGGCAAGGGCACCUGAAAUAGCUGGGCUGAGGAAGGAAAGAGCUGAAGGAAAGUUUGUCCCGGAUGCUCGUUUUGAAGAAGUAAAGGCAUAUGUGCGGAGUGGUGUCUUCGGUCCCUACAACUAUGAAGAGUUGAUGGGAUCAUUGGAAGGAAAUGAAGGCUACGGACGUGCAGACUAUUUCCUCGUGGGCAAGGACUUCCCCAGUUACAUGGAAUGCCAAGAAAAGGUCGAUGAGGCAUAUAGAGACCAGAAAAGAUGGACAAAAAUGUCGAUCUUGAACACGGCUGGGUCGUACAAGUUCAGCAGUGACCGAACAAUCCAUGAGUACGCCAGAGACAUAUGGGGAAUCGAGCCGGUCGUACUGCCGUAACUUCACAGUAUGUAUUUCCUCUGGUGAAGUGCAGAAAUUAAUUGCCCUGUUGCAUCAUCCCACUCUUAUGGGAGAAUAAAGAGGUUGUUGGAACAAAAGAGAAAAUGGUUGAUAUGCAAAGCAUAUCUCCCCAUGUUACUGUAAACUGUAGAAUGACAUGUACAAUGAGGAGUAUGUACGAUUAAACUUCCAUAUUGCAGAAGCUGAAAACUA